UUUAUAUGUUUGUCUCUUCUACUGGAACCAACCAUCCAUCAUGAUACUAGUAGAAAUGACCAUUGAGAGACAAGAAGCUCACAGUCUUUCUCUACUCUCUCUCAAAGCUAUAAGACAUUUGACACCCCAAAAAAACAAAAGACAAAGCUUUCUAUGCUGUUCUGUUCUGAUGUCCAAUGUUGUCGUCAGCAAAGCAUAAUAAGAUCAACCAUAGUGCUUUUUCAAUUUCCUCAUCGUCAUCAUCAUCAUCAACAACAUUAGCAUCAGCAUCAUCAACAUCAUCCUCCCUAGGGCAGAACAAGUCUCAAGUCACCAUGGAAGAAGUAUGGAAAGAAUUCAACCUUGGUUCGCUUCACUACCAUCGCCAAGUAAACAUUGGUCAUGAGCCAAUGUUAAAGAACGAAAACCCUAAUAACUCUAUCUUUCAAGAUUUCCUCAACAUGCCUCUGAAUCAACAACCACCACCACAACCACCUUCUUCUUCCUCAAUUGUCACAGCUCUCUACGGCUCUCCUCUGCCUCUUCCUCCUCCUGCCACUGUUCUCAGCUUAAACUCGGGCGUUGGCUUUAAGUUUCUUGACAACACAGAUUCUCUUGUUGCUUCUAACCCUAACUCCUUUGAGGAAUCUGCAAGUUUUGGUUUUUUUGCUAAGAAA